AUGAGGAGCAUGACAGCACCAGCGAGUGAAAUCAUGCCAAAGAGUUCUCAUUUUGUGGCCAAUGGAAUUUUAAGAAAAAAGAUCUUCGUCUCACUCCCUAAAAUUUUCUGGGAGAACCAAUGUCAGAAAAAGGCUUUUUGGAACCAGCUCCAGCUGGUCGUUGACCGUCAAUUUAACCCCAUCCUGCACCCCCACGAAGCCAAGGGAUUAAUGAAGAAUAUCAGCUUUGAUGAUUUCCUGCUGAAGAAGAGUUUCUCUGCAGUUCGCAGACUCAACAACAUGACAUAUAAUGUUGACGAGCUACCACAACAGGUGCAAGACUUCACCAAGUACAUGCAGACAAGAGACUACCCGGUUCUCCUCCAGCCAGGUGGAGAAUGUGGAGCUCAGGGAAAAGACGAGCGGGAGGACCCUCUGAUUCUCUUCGCCAUCAAAACAACACUGGAUAACUUCAACAACCGACAGGCUAUUCGGCAGACCUGGGGCCAGGUGGGAUGGGUGGCAGGACAGAAGAUAAAUGGCAGUGGCAGAGAUAAUGGUGGAGCCUAUGUCCGCAGGGUAUUCCUGCUGGGCAAGCAAAACACCAAAGAACUGGGUGUGGAUGUGUCUGCGUUACUCAAGUUGGAGAGUACGCUCUAUGGAGAUAUUCUGCAGUGGGACUUUGAGGAUACAUUUUUCAAUCUCACCUUGAAGGAUGUGCUCUUCUGGAGCUGGUUCUCACACUCUUGCAAGCAGACCCACUUUGUCUUCAAAGGAGAUGAUGACAUCUUUGUCAACACACCAAAACUGAUAACCUACCUCCAGAUCCAGAUGGAGAAGCCGCAUGUGAAGAAAAACAUGCACAACUUCGUGUUUGGGGACGUCAUAGGAGCAGCUUCACCCAACCGAGUCAACAUCUCAAAGUACUUUAUCCCACACAGCUUCUACAAAGGGUUAUACCCCGCGUAUGCAGGCGGGGGAGGGUUGGUGUACUCGGGUCAGUUGACCAGACGUCUGCACUUAAUUUCUAAAAGAGUUCACCUGUUCCCCAUCGAUGACGUGUACGUAGGGAUGUGCAUGGUUCGGCUCAAUGCCUUCCCCACGCACAACCACGCCUUCCUCAUGUUUGACUUCCCCAAAAAUGAAGGGAAAGACCCGUGUUCGUACCACACCAUCUUAGUGAUCCACAAGCGAAGCCCCAAACAGGUGGUGAAACUUUGGGCUGACUUGAAAGAGACACAGGCACAAUGUCGACAUGUGCCUCUGAGAGUUGAACAGAAGGAGAAAAACUAAAUAACCCCCAGCACUUUGUAGCCACCUUGAAAUGCCUCUAGGCAAGCUAUACGGGCAGAUAUGUUGUUUAAGUUCAGUGGUCACUGAGACAUAAAAACUGCAUAUAAAGAAUAACAGGAU